AUGGCUGAGGAUGUGCCUGUCACUACUGGUUUCAGAAACGGGGGUAGGUGGGGGCGUGACCGUGGGGAGAGGCAUAUCCAUCGAUCGGAAACGGGGUUCACGACGCUGCCUUCCUCCUGUCUGCAGAACGAUUGCAUCGUGGUCUUGGUCGUGGUGGUCGUGGUGGUCGUGGUCAUGGUCGUCCUCGAGCUCGAGCCCAAGCCCAAGCUCCUGCUCGGACGAGUGCUUAGGAGAACGGCUUUACACGGUUUGGCCGCGUGUGCCGGCGAUUAUCCACCGGGCGGGGCACCACCCACCGCAGCAGCAGAAUGGAGUCUGAUGCGUCCAUGGCCAACCAUCCAGGGGCCAACCAGUGAAGCCCAGGACGCAAGCGGGGCAAACAACAGCAGCAACGACAACAGCAUUAACAACAACGCAACGGCGGUGGCGGCUGUCGACGUCUGUGCCAGUGCCAUGUGGGUCACUUGAGAAGGAGUGGGGCUUAUUUGGCCCACGUCACGGGUGCUCACUGCUGCCGUACGAGUAAGCGUGAAGUAUGUCGGUUGUGG